UUGGCAUUGACGGGGAUGCGGUGGCCGAUUCGCGUCGAUGGAUCCUGUUGUGGCGGCCAGUGAGUUCAUUGCCCACCGAUGGCACAAACCGACACAGUCGAGGACAUCGGAUGCCACUGCGUCCUUGCAUGGCGCCACGCAUGUGUACGACUUCCAUCAUCCCAAGCGCGACCAUCAGCAGCAGCAGCACGUUCAUCGCCAUUUCCAUCAGCAUCGAGCGAAACAUGCGCAACAAUGUGAUCCAAGCGCAUCCCGGUUGGAUGAUGACGCAACGGUGUUGUUUGCGUAUCAGCCCUUGUAUUGCGAAGAAUUUAUGGAAGCCCAUAGCGAUGCCGUGGAGUUAUCGCGAGCCCACUUCGCCAUGUCCCGAACACCUCGGGAGCGAUCUUGUGCCACCGUCCCCCCGAGGCGAAAGAGGCCACAGUCCGCCACAGUCAAACGUGUGACACCCGUGAGCUGUCGUGCCGUCGACAGCACCUCCAGUCGCGACCCCGCGGCCGCCAUGAUCUAUUGCAGUCCCGGGUUCAAGCAAAAGGCAUUGCAACGGCUGGAAGCUGAAACGUAUCGGCUAUUGGACCACACAAGGACAGGGAGCGCUUUGAUGGCAUGGGAGACCCCCACCCAUGACACCAGUAGUCGUCCACGUGGCCCGGGGCUUUCUGCAGUGCGGAUACGGAAUAACAAGACAGCAGCAGCAGCUUCGACCUGCCUAGCAUCCCAGCGUACACUUGUACGUAGGCCUACCCUUUCCGAGAUGCAACGAGCGUGCCACGUCAUCUACAAGUUUGUGUGUCGUUCGUACUUGCGUCGUAAACGAGACCGCCUCGUUCUUAUGCUACAUACCAGCUACCCAGUCGGUGAGUUCUCGGACGGGGUAGUUUCCGCGUGCAAGCAGUUCGCGUCAACGCGGCGCCGCGCGGGGCUUUCUACCCACAAGCACACCCUCGCGCAUUCCAUUCACCAGCAGAAGCGGGAGGAGGACGACGACGAGAAGAUGGCAAAGACGAACGUGUCCGCCGCUGUCGUCGGUGUCGGCCAAGCCAGCGCCAGGAAGCAGCAGUCCGUGUCCUCAAAACACACAGCUUGUCGUCCAAAACAACAUCCUCCGUCAAACAAAGCACCUACAGCCCCGUCGAUAGACACCCCACACGGCGGCGUGGACAUUGCAUUCAAAACCCCAACACCGAAGUCGUCUAAUAAGACUGCCAAACCACGAAAGUCAGCCCAGUCGGCGCACUGUACCAUGGAACGAAGCGACCCGCUCACCAAACUUCGACGGCAAGUGCUGCUUCAUCAAGCCAAGGCCACCAAACACGACGCCGCUCUGCAUUCCACGCUUGCAAGUUUGAGCGAGCAGCAUGAUGGGAUUGGGGGAGGGGAUGCCUACGUCAAGGGAACCGCCGCGUUGCUAGCUAUUGACAUGUACUUGCGUCAAAACCAACGGCAGACCAAAAAACGUUGUGGGGGGGCCACACGACGAACGCGCCGCCUUCACCUGCCAAAAGUGGCUCCGUACGAGUGGACGCGACCUGCACCACCACCUAUUCACACGACUGUACCUCCAGUCACCCACGCGGUCCUUGCACCAAGUUUACACGAGCAAGAUCAUAUCCACCUUGAAUCAAACUGGACGUUGUUGGAAUCGCAACCCCCAGCGACGUGUGCUCUCGACAACAGCGGCAGCCACCACCUGCAUUCAUAUAACAGCCCCAACACGAUGGCGAUGACGUGGCCUCAAAGGAACCUACAUUCCACCAGCCGCCUCGAUGAAUGCGUGUUAUUGUGCGUUGCUGCAAAUUCUUUGGACACUGCUGUGGAACGAAUCAUGCCAUGCCAAGAUGCGAUGACGCCCCUGACAGCAGUCCACUCAUCCGACAAGGUCGACGUGAUUGAAGGAACCGACUCCUCCCCGCCCGAUGCCAAUGACUUGGUUGGUUCACCAGGUGGCUACAACAACACCAUUUCAAUACAACAUAUGCCAACAGUUUGCCCCCACCUUGCAAAUGCAAGCCCCCGAGGAGGUGGCCCCACAUCCCCAUUGAACUCCCCCAAUUCCAUACUUGUGUCGUCGUUAUCAACCUCCAGUGAAUGUCCUUCAACACGUACCAUCGAGGCAACAACUACUCCAUCAAGUCCUCAACCAGCCCCAUCUACGCAAGAAACCCACGAGAUGGAGCUGGUCGCCUCCAUGUACAGACACUUUUACGCGGCCAAACGCAUUCAAAGAUGGUACUGUCGACAAGCGGCACUUUGCCAUUCGAGCGUUCAUCCCAUCGACGAUACAGCACUGCACCAGCCCAUGUCGCUUGAGCAAGUUCAAUCGAGCAAAACUACUUCACAAAGCCUUGUUCUAUUAUCCCCCUUGGAUUUGUGCUCCAAUCAUUCCCCCCAGUCCCCCCCGAUUCCCCCAUUCAACACGGCACACACCACCGCUUGUUCUUCGUCCUCAAACAGUCCACAAAGCCCAACUGCGUUAUCACACACUAAUUCCGUCGAGCCUUCGUCCGUGGAUCGUACGUGCCACGCCACCCACACUAUUCAACGGUGGUGGCAGCGGCACGCCAUCUCUCGACCACCCCACGACAACGCGAUCUUGACCGCUGCUGCCUUGACAAUCCAACGGCAAUACAGAGUGUUUGUCAACCGUGCAGACAUGCGGGGGGCGCUCACGGCCUUGCUACGGGCACACCGCCGGCACACACGGAAACUGAUGCAGACCACGCCGUCACCGUCCAAAUUGGCAGCUCCACGGAUAGAAGGAGACCCGAAACCUAAGUUAACCACACGAAUCAGGCCGUGGCGCUCUGCAGUGUGGGCGCUAGUGGCUGUCCGUCGACUCAUCCAACGUCGCAGGGCGAUGGACAAGGCAGCUCGAACUGUCCAGAGUCAGUUUCGAACGCACGGACGGCGCCACGUCAUCGCGGCGGGCAUGCGGUUGAUGUUGCUCCACAGAGCCCGACAAGUCCAAUGGGGUGCUUUCACGGAGAAGGGCGGUGCCAAUACAACCGAUAGGGGGACCGAAGAAAUGGUCGAAGAUACUAGGAGCCAACGUCAUGGCGGCGACGAUACUAGGUGGGACGAAUACACGGACCCUGAGACCGGCGCACCGUACUUUUAUAACCCCACGACUGGUGAAACCAAGUGGAAACAAGUUGAAACGACGACAAAGAUGGCGCUGCAGCAGCCCGUGGCGGAAGUAGCCAGCGACGACGGCGACUACAUGAUUGCAGGGUUGGCUACCCCCAGCGUCGUCUCCACGCCUCGCUCACCAUCCUCGGCGACUUCUAACCACGAAACAACCUACGCUCGGGUGGACGGCGGCGGGACCUGGACGCAAGCGGCCGACGAGAACGGUUGCGCGUACUACUACAAUACGGCCACCAACGCCAUGUCAUGGAACCCAUCGUCGGCGCAACAUCCCCUUCUUGCGAUGGAGACAUGGGAAUGUUUUACAAGCAAAGACGGGGUGCCUUACUACUACAAUGCAUUGACAGGAGAAACAACGUGGACGUUGCCGAACAUGUAAUAGAAGCAUUGUGCUUUGCCUUUUUUGGCAAUUCCAGGGUUAAAUCCAUUGUUUAAAUAUUUC